CAGAGAGAGAGAGAGAGAGAGAGAGAGAGGGAGGGAGAGAUUUAGAGAUUGAGUGAGAGAGAGAGAGAGUGAGCAUCAAUGUUGCUGUUGUUUGUGGUUAUCCAAUCAGAGUGUAGCACUGCAUGUGCAUUACAAACACACAAACACACACACACACACACACACACACACACACACACUCACACCCCCCUGGUCUUAGCUGGUCCAGACUGUGGACAGUGAGCGUCUCUGCAGGACGUCCUCAGCUCCAGCCUCAGCUCUGGUUGCAGAUCUGUAGUCCGUCUGUCUCCUGCUAGACUCAGGGUCUAGAUCUAUGUGAGGAUCAGGGUCUUGGUUGAUCCCGUCAUGGACUGUGGCCCAUGUGUUCUGGACCUUCUGGGCGUCCUACUGGCAGUCUCAGCCUGGAUUUGCUCUCUGUCCACAACCCUAAUGUCCACUUGGUUGACCCUGUCCACAGAUCUUCUGCCUACUGAGAUCUAUGAGCUGGGUCUUUGGUCCACCUGUGUGGUCCAUGAUCUGGGUGGCCUGGAAUGUCAGCCUUACAACAGUGUGCUGGGUCUUCCACCCGACAUCCAGCUGGCCCGGAUCCUCAUGGUCUCUGCAUUGAGUACUGGACUGCUGGGUCUUCUAGUUUCCAUUCCUGGUCUGGACAUGGUCCGUGGCUGCUACGGCCGACACCUGGAUCCCCUGUGGAGUAAGAGGGUCUUGAAGGGAGCAGGUGCCGUCUGUUGUCUGUUUGCUGGGAUCCUUGGUCUGGUCCCGGUGUCCUACAUCGCCCACCUGACGGUGAUCCGAUUUUUUGACGAGUCGGUCCCAGAUGUUGUUCCUCGCUGGGAAUUUGGAGGCGCCCUAUUCUGUGGUUGGAUUGCAGGAGUUCUACACCUGGUGUCUGGGACUCUGCUGCUGGUUAGCUGUGUCCACAUGCCAGGCUGCGCUCCCCUGCGUGGACACAGGCGAAUCAUUAGAGCAAGAACUGACUAUGUGUAAGAAGAACAGGGUCACCGCUGGUCCAGACUGAGACCUGGGAGUGCAGCCAAAGACUUUUUCUGUUUUUGGGGAACCUUAUCUCUGAGAAAAGUCAACAUAGAGAAUGAGUGUUUUAGUUUAAAGGGACACUGGUGUGUGCUGAUGUGGUCUGUCUGUGCUGCUAAUAAUAUCUGAAAUUAGAGUCCAAAGAGUCACAAAAUAACACAACUGAACAUAGUGGUGGUUUGAACCACUGAUCAAUGGCCCUUUAUGGACGUUUGUAUAGAAAAGGUGAAAAAAAUCAUUAAAAAUGAAAUAAAAAGUAUUUUUCCUCCUACGUGAAACAUUUCAUAUUAAAUGGUGAAUGUCUAUUAAUGUUGGGGUUUUUUUUUACUGUCUUUAUUCAUGUUUUUUAUUAAUUGUCAUAAGACAUGUGACUCCACCCCCUCCUUAACAUCUUUUACUGACUCACCUGUCAGUGGUCAGGUGUUUCCUGUACAUUAUCAUGACACAAAGUCAUGCAUGAAACAUGACUCACCUCUUGUCAAUACCUUUGAAACUGCUUCUUUUUUUAUACCUGACUCGGCCUCGUGGAAACAUGACUCAGCUUUUUGUCCUUAGUUUAAAUGUAACAGGUUUUUGGACACGACUCCGUAGUUUUUAAAGGUAAAUUAAUUUCACCCAAAACGUGGAAUCACGACACAGCUGUUUUGAAGUGGUUUCUGAAACAUGAUGCAGUUGUUUUCGUGUCCUGGCAGCGGUGGGUGAACUCUAUCUCAGAUUUUAGGAUUGAAAGUCUUUUGUCUCUGACUCUGUUUUCUUUUUCGUGGUAAUUACUCUUUUCCUGUUUGAGAGAAUAGAGCUGUGAAACAGAAAGUAAGUCAGGCUGGAGAGGAAGUCCUCCAUCCUCCUGCUGGCCAUUGUUUCACCUCUCCUUUAAUCAUGAAUGCAAACAAACUCUGUCACACUCACAGACCACAACACGGUUCACCUUCCCUACAAUCUGAAUCUGACUGUAUUUCUGUGAUGUUGUGAGUUUCUUUGAUUUUGUGUGUGUGUGUGUGUGUGUGUGUGUGUGUGUGUGAAUGUUCCAGAAGAACAAAAGCUUUCUUUUCUGUCAGAGCUCAACAGGAAGUCAUUCAGUAUUAGAAGCGUGUGUGUUUCUGUGCGUGUGUGUACCGUAUAAAUUACUGUAUAAUAACAAUGCUCUUUAGUCCCACUGUGCAGCCAACGUUAGGAAAACUAGUUUAACUGCUGUUAGCAAAAAAACUUCAGUUUUAUGAAGCUAAAGUCACCUUCAUUUCUACAAACUACU